ACUCGUUCACACAUUCUACCAAACUUACCUCCGUAUCCUAUCUUCCUAUACACUCCCACCCUGUUUCACUAAAUUCAACAAUGGCUUCUACAUUAUCCUCAAUUAUCAUCCGUCCAUCCACUUAUCCUGCGCCCUAUGCCGCUUAUCCUGCGCAUCCUUCAGCCACAUUUCCAAAACAAUCCAUUGAAUUCCCUCAAAAAACCAACGCCAAUUCCCGCUGUCGGAACCGCGCAACCUUUCUUCGCCCCCUCUCCGCCGUAGAAGCCCCGGAGAAGGUUGUCGAGCUCGGUGACCAGAUCUCGAACCUGACCCUUGCUGAUGCGCAGAAACUCGUCGAGUACCUCCAGGACAAGCUCGGUGUUUCUGCUGCUUCCUUCGCUCCCGUAGCCGCGGUCGCCGCUCCCGGCGGCUCGGGAGUGGCGGAGGCUCCCGUUGUAGCGGAGGAGAAGACGGAGUUCGACGUGGUUAUAGAGGAGGUACCGAGCAAUGCGAGAAUUGCUACUAUUAAAGCAGUUAGGGCUUUGACUAAUUUGGCAUUGAAGGAAGCCAAAGAAUUGAUUGAGGGAUUGCCAAAGAAAUUUAAGGAGGGUGCGUCGAAAGAUGAAGCUGAGGAAGCGAAAAAGCAGCUCGAAGAGGCAGGUGCUAAAGUGUCCAUUGCUUAGCCUUUUCAAUUAGUGAUAAAUUUUGAAUGAAUAGUUCUAGAUGCAGUGCAGUGAAUUCGAUUUAAACCAAACAUUCCAUUACGAUUUCUGGGUUUGAACCGAACUGAACUUCUUGUUUGUUUGAUUCAUUCUAGUCUGAACUACUGUCCCUACACAUAUGUUGGUUGAUGAAAAUGUGUUAAUUCCUGGGAUUUUUUUCA